UGCUACGUGGGAACGAACCGCAUUGUCCAACUCCAAUGUCGAAGCCUCGCACCCAAACGCGACGCCAAGUUGCGUGUGCGGCAGCGUGGAGAGCGGGAGCUCCGCCUCCACUCGCACCUUUUAUGCAAAUGUUGCAUUCGCGUAGCGUGUGCGGCUCCUGUGCGGCAUGUGUGACAAAACACAUCCCCCGGCAACCCCAAACCCGCGUCGUGGACUUGCCGUGAUAAGACGUCGCGUCCGUGGAAUGAAACGUUCAGGGACGCGAGGCGAAACGUCAUCGUGGUCGUGUUCAGUAUAUACGCUGUGAAGUUUGAAGCGGCGAGAGGACCCUGAACGCACCUUGCAUCCAGCCACAGCAGCGAUGGGGGGUCAGAACAGCAGGAACAGUGCCAUCCAGGGACUGGCUCCCUACCAUACGCACCGCCACUACGAUUCCACGGUGCGCGUCUACCCGUGCCCCGAGCCAUAUGCAGACGCCCCCAGCAGCGCACCUCUGGUCUUCCACCCGAGGACGAAGGGCGCGCAGAUCAUCGUGGACCCCUCACAGAAGAUCGCCAGGAGGACGGCCAGCUUCUGCGACGCCAUCGUCUUCAGCAACAGACCCGUCGCGGUCAAUGAGGUGGUGCGACUUGAGAUCAUCGACAGCCAGCCCUCCUGGCAGGGCGCGCUACGCAUCGGCUUCACAACCACCGACCCGUCCAAAAUGACCCCAGAAAUGCUGCCCAAGUAUUCGUGUCCGGAUUUGGCCGCAAAGCCCGGCUUCUGGGCGAAAGCCCUGCCAGAAGCGCUGCUCCACAAGGGGAACGUCAUCUCCUUCUGGGUGAACAAGAAGGGCCGUGUGUUCUACCAGGCCUACAACAGCAACCCCAAGCGACUGUUCAGUCACGUCGACGCCUGGAGUCGCCUCUGGGUUCUCGUUGACGUCUACGGACAGACCAAAGGAGUCCAGCUUCUCGAGAGCGAGGUGGUUCCACAGGACUUGGGGACUCUCAGCAUCAGACGCAAAACGUCCCAGCAAAGGAAGCGCGGCGCCCCCCUCCCCCUCAGCAUGUUUGGUUUGCACAUGGACGAAUGCUGCGAGGAACAUGGCGGCCAUCAUGAUCAUCAUCAUCAUCAACAACAACGUGAUCAUCUUCAUCACUCCAUUGACGACAUCCACUGGCGCCAACACUCUCAAGGCGAGCGACGGCGCUCGCGGCUCCCCGAGAACCUGGACACCGGCCUGCACGUGCACCCGGUCCACGGCGUGCACGUGCGCCUGCCGGACCCUCACACGGCCGUGCAGGUGCCGCACGCCGGCGAAGACAGGACCAUGGUCUUCACUAGCCGGCCCCUGGAAUGCUUGGAGAGCGUGCACGUGACGGUGCGCACCGGCGGCCGAUGCUCUCUGUCCUACGGCGUGACGUCCUGCGACCCCGCCACGCUCAGGCCCAGCGACCUGCCGUCCAGCCUGGACUCUCUGGUGGACCGCAAGGAGUUCUGGGCGGUGGACAAGGUGGCGGUGCGGCUGCAAAACAACGACGUCCUCAGCUUCGUUGUCAACGAGGACGGGGAAGUCAUGAUGAGCCACAAUGGCGUCGGCGUGGGGAUGCAGCUGUGCGUGGACAACUCCAAGCCGCUGUGGAUGUUUUUUGGUCUCCAUAGCAACGUCUCACAACUCAACAUCUUAGGCUCAUCUCUAGACUCAGAUGUCCAACAUGGAGGCCACACUUUACCACCCAAACUCAAUACGGUCCAAGAGACGCCCCUCGAUUCCCACCCCAACCUUCCUUCGCCCACAGGCUCAUCUCUCCAAAGUUCGUCGCCGUUGCGGUCGCGCAGCAGUGUGGCUUCCAGCAACGACUCCGAGUUCAACCUCACCACCGUCUACGACAACCUGCUCAAUUCCCGCUCGUCCCAGCCUUCAGCGACCACAGACACGGAGCUGAUGUCUCCCGCCUACAUCGUGGAAGCUCCGCCCUCGGUGCCGGCGUCGGAGGAGUGCGCCAUUUGCUACGACAACAUGGUGGACACGGUGCUGUACGCCUGUGGCCACAUGUGUCUGUGCUACAAGUGCGCAUUGAAACUGAAGAAUGACAAUUCGCCGUGUCCCAUCUGCCGCAAGAAGAUCAAGGACAUUAUCAAGGCCUACCGCGGUUCCUGAAGGAGCUUUGGGUCGCCAUCUGCUGGACGAGCCAGCACAGUGGUACGGUACCUUAAACGGGUGGAGCCAUUGAGAUGCGUCGGCCAUUCUUGGACGUCACCUUCUUUACGUAGCAGGCGUGGUGCUCGAUGAACACUCCUUUUAGCGAAUCAAACAUCAGGGAUUGUUAUUUUAUGUCAAAGCAAAAAAGAAAGAAAUGUAAAUAUGAUGUUUAUAUCAUCAAAGAUGAUUGAGGGAGACGGUCACUUAUUUUUUUAAGGCUUUUUAACACGAUUUUCCUGCAAGGUAGUCCAGUUGGAGCGACCAGGACAGGCCGCCAUUAUCACAAGGAGAGUUGAUGAAGCCGUGUCGACACCCACAGGAUUGUUAGCGCUAGCAGGCUAAGCAGUGGAGCUCAAACUUAACGGUGCUGCUGCUACUUGCUUCAACACACUAAAGUGCAUUAAUACCACAGAGCAUCACUCAUGUUAGGGCCACAUUGAAACAAAAAAUUGUUGAAUUUACAAAUUUAUCCUCGAAACUUUUUUCAUUACUUUUUAAAUUUUUUUUAAUUUUUUAUUUUUUUUUUUUAAAGUCCAAAAACAUUUUCUGAAAAAAAUGCUCAGAAAAGUUAGACUUAAUGAAUUUUUUAAAUGUUACAAGACAAAAGUCAUAAAUUUAUCACCAAAAAGUUGACAUUUAUGAGAAAAAAGUUUAAAAAAAAAAAAAAAAACGUAAAACAAGCCAAGGAAAAGUCCCCCCUUUUCAUAGCCGUCUCAGGCGAUGCCUGUUACGAUAAAAUCAUUUUUGAGAAUAAAGUCAUAAAUUUCUUACAAAAUUUGUGAGAAAAAAGUCAUACAUUUAAGAGAAAGGUUAUAUUAUGAUUUUUUUUCUCUUAAAUUUGCAAGCAAUUUAAGAGAAAAAAAAUUUUCAUCAAAUUGUUGAAUUUACGAAUUUAUCCUCAAAAUUUUUUUCAUUACUUUUUUAAAUUUUUAAAUUAAAAUUGUUUUUUUUUAAAGUCAAAAAAAAAUUCUGAAAAAAAUGCUCAGAAAAGUUAGACUUAAUGAAUUUUUUUAAUGUUACAAGAAAAAAGUCAUAAAUUUAUCACCAAAAAGUUGUACAUUUAUGAGAAAAAAGUAAAAAAAAAAAAAAAAAAACAGUAAAACAGGCUUUUCAUAGCCGUCUCAGGCGAUGCCUGUUACGAUAAAAUCAUUUUUGAGAAUAAAGUCAUAAAUUUCUUACAAAAUUUGUGAGAAAAAAGUCAUACGUUUAAGAGAAAGGUUAUAUUAUGAUUUUUUUUUUUUACGAUUUUCUUUUAAAUUUGCGACGUUAUUUUUGAAAUAUCCGACGAUUAAAAUACUGCAUUAUAACAGGCAUUACCUGAGACGGCUAUGAAAAGGGGGGACUUGUGGCCGUUGUUUGAUCUUGUAAAUUUACAACUUUUUUCUCUUAAAUUUACAAGCAAUUUAAGAGAAAAAAAAAUUUCAUCGUAAAAAUUUGACGACUGUUUUUCUGAUAUUCCUUUUUGUUUUCCUUGUUGGAUAACUGCAACUGGUUGGAUAAUUCAUAAUUAAAUUGUCUCUCUCAUAAUAUUACAACCGUUUUUCAAAUAUCGUCAUGUGAGUUUUUUCUCACAAUGAUAAAAAUGUAUAAAGAAGAAUCCCUGUUCACGGUGGAGGUGCUGCUGCAAUAAUAAUAAUAAUAAUAAUAAUAAUGCCAAUAAUAAUGAUAAUGUGCAGAGAAACGGGCCAGGGGGACGAGAACGUCCUUGUUUACAUGACCUACACCACAAAUAUGCUCUCCACGUGCUGUGCAGCGUCCCCACAGCAGAAGAAGAACAAGCAUUAAAAAGGUGAAAGUGGCUGCAAUUGGAUAAAAGCGAUGCAAAUAAAAAGCGCGAUGAGGUGACAAAUAGCGCCAGGUGGCUUUGUUUACUUCGCUCAAGUGGAACGUUUGCUUGCGUCGAGCGACAAGGAUGCAUUGCUUUUUUUCUUGCUUCUCAUUUGCAUAUCCGCGGCAGAGUGCUGAAAGCUAUUUUCAGCCCUUUUUUUUUGUUAUUAUCGUCACUUUGUAGACACGUCACACGAGUUAAUACGCUUGUUUUGAUGAAGCACGCUUGAAUUCAUGGAAGCGUUGAAUUGCCUUCAUCGGGUCACCGCACUGCUGCUUCUCUCCUCAAUUUCAUCAUCGGAAGGAACAAAUUUGGAAUGGAGUAGGGGUGUCCAACAUGCGGCCCAGGGGCAUCAAUAUUGCUUUGUAGACCCUCAGCACAUGUAAAAAACACAUGACUAAACAAGAAAACAAUCCAAAACAACAAUAUUUCACAAGGGUAGUCAUUUUACGAAAAGGCAAAAUUCUUUGUGGGAGAAAAAGUAUUUUCCAAUAUAAUUUAAAUUAUAAAUUUUCCAAAAAAAUUGGAAAAUUAAGUUGUGAAAAACUUGUAGUACGAAAAUAGUAAUAAAGAUAGUAAGCAUAAAGAUAUAAUACUAUGGGAAAAUCGAUUUUUGAAGUAUAAAUAUUACUGGGACACUCCGGAAUAUCAUGGAAAAGAUAUUAGAAGAAAAUAUGUUUUUUGACAAUCAUAAAGGCAUAAUACUAUAACAAAAAAUACAGUUUUGAAGUUAAAUUGAGUGAAACUUUUAAGUGAAAUUUUUGGAAAAUUACACUGUGAAAUAAUAGUAUUACAAAAAUAAUCAAAAUAUUUGGGAAAUGGGCAUAAAGUCAAUAAGCUAUGCUAAGAUAAGAUAAGCUAACAUUAACUUGUUGAGUUAAUGUUUGCUAAUUGUUGCCAUACUGAAAAUUUUAUAAAACAUUAAAUAAAACAAUAAUAAUAUUGAACAAUAAUAUUUCGCACUAAUUUUUUAUUUCAUGUGACCAAAUAUUUGUCGUCAAAUUGCAAGAUCAUUUAUUAAAUAGGGCAUUUAUCUUGUUUCUUUUUUUUAUGUUUGUGAAGAAUGAUCUUAUUCUCAUGUGGGGCUUUUGUCUGCAUAAUACGGUUUAAAAAUAUGAUCUUUCCUUUUUGGCAAAAAUAGCUACAAUGCAUAAUUUGUUCAAUAAAGUUUGUUUAAACAA